AUGGUACGAGUAAUUGUAGGAGGAAUUGGCAUUGUCAUGCCUGAGUUAGAAAAAGAUGAUGAACCGUUGCGAGCUACCUAUAUCCCAUCCAGACCGCCCUGGAUCGGUUGCUGGAAUAAACGUUGGGAACAGCGUGACCAAAGCAAGUCACGUAAGGUAUGGUGGACUGAAUUAGGAUGGACAGAUAAAGCAACGGAAAACGGCAAAAUGAGUAUCGCUAGACCACAGCUAAGGGAGCAGGAUCCGGAAUACUAUGACCCUAAAGUACCCGAUGGAACUUCUCUCGCAGGUCCGUUAGGUCUGGAUUCAACACGAUAUCCCAAUUUAACAGUGAAAGGUGAUCAGCCAGGGAAUUACGAAGAAUUUAUGAAUAAGCUCUACAAAAAUUCCACACAGUACAAAGAUAUCGCAGCAAAAUAUGAGUUAACUGAAGGACCAUGGCCUCAUCACAAGGGUUUGAAAGCUAGGCAUAAAACAGCGUGGUGGAUGCCAAAGCGAUUUCGAUUCUUCAAUUCCGCACUUAACGAAGAUCCCAUCAUAAAGGGAUUGGCCUGUGCACAGUAUAUGGCUAUCCUUUUGGUCCCCUACACUGGUUUGCAUAUUCGAGGUCACAAUAUACUUCCAGUGCCAGUCACUCCAAUGUCACUAAUGAAGACAUAUUUUAAACUCUUGCCCACACCAGCUACACUGGCCUUCACAUGGGGUGUGACACUAAGUGGUGCAGCGAUGGUUAGGCACAAAGACGAUUUCACGAAUCAUCUUUAUGCAUCUACCGCAACAGGGAUCGUUUUUGCAACAAUGAGAGAUAAUUUUCUUGCUGGCUUUUCAUUGGGCCUCAUUGUAUACAUUACUGGGAUAUGCUGGCAGUACAUGAGAGUGUCAGAGUGGAGUUUGCAGAACAAAGUUAUACAUCGCAAGUCUGGAAGCUUCUAUGGUGGACCACUAGUAUGGAAACUGAAGUGGAGAGGUGGUGAAGAGGAAAUACCGACCAAAAAAUGGUGA